CUGAAAAAUAAUUUUUGGUUGCCAGUAUACCUGUAGUCGUUGCACUGAUCAGUCGAUAGUUUUGUGAUAAAUUAUUUCUCAAGUGAAUUAAAUUAUUAACCAUGGGACGUGAUUCUAGAAAGGUUUCAAGAGAACUUCGGAGUUCUGAAAAAAUUAAUAAGUCGCGUUCAGUCAAAAGAAAGAAUGUUUUUAAUCCGAAAACAGCCGAACGUGAUGAAAGUAUUCAGAGUACAUCUUCUAAAAAAUUAAAACAAAACACUGAAGAUGAUGUACCUGAAGACAGCAGUACUGAAUUUCGAAUAAUAAAUUUUAUUCAGGUAUUCACUGCAAUUUCUGCUCUUAUAAAAUGUAAAAAAUGUGAUGGAAAUGUAGUGUUUCAAACAGCAAGUACACGUGGGCUGGGAUUCAAAAUUGUAGUUGCAUGUAAUAACUGUGGAAAUGAAUAUAUUCCUUCCUGUUCUUUCGUUGGGCAUUCUUAUGAAAUAAACAGACGUUUCAUUUUUGUAAUGAGAAUACUAGGAAUAGGAUACGAAGGAUUGUGCAAGUUUUGCGGCCUGAUGGACAUGCCGUCUUUUUUAGAUAAAUCUACGCAUACAAUUUUACUGAAACAGAUUUUGAAUUGUAGUAAAGCCGUCGCAGAAACCUUCAUGACGAAAGCUGUGAAUGAAGAAAAGCAAGCAAUGCCAACAACUGAAAAUGAAGAUAUAAAUCAUCUAACUGUAUCGGGAGAUGGAACCUGGCAAAAACGGGGAUAUACAUCGUCAUUUGGAGUUUCUUCUAUAAUUGGCUAUUUUACUGGAAAGAUUCUUGACAUAAACAUUAAAAGUGCAUAUUGUAAGCUAUGUGAGUAUUGGAAAAAAAAAACAAAUACUGUUGAGUUCGAGGAAUGGUAUCAAUCGCAUGAAGAUGUGUGUUCUGCUAAUCAUCAAGGGUCUUCUGGGAAAAUGGAGGUGGAUGCGAUGGUCGAAAUGUUUUCGUAUUCUGAAACUAAAUAUGGAGUUAAGUAUGCCAACUAUAUUGGUGAUGGUGACUCCAAGACCUAUUCAGGAAUUAUAAAAUCAGAUCCUUACGAAAAUACAACUGUAAAUAAAAAGGAAUGUAUAGGGCAUGUCCAAAAGCGGAUGGGGAGUCGAUUACGUACGCUGAAGAGUAAACAAAAAGGUCUUGGUGGUCGAGGUAAGCUCACAGGAAAAUUAAUAGACAAACUAACUGUGUACUAUGGUUUAGCAAUACGCCGGCAUUGUGAUUCUAUUGAAAAUAUGAAAUCUGCUAUAAUGGCAACCUUUUAUCACUACGGCUCGAGUGAUGAAAAACCGAAUCAUGAUAUGUGUCCAAAAGGCGAAGAAUCUUGGUGCUCUUACCAGCGCGCUGAAGCAAGAGGAGAGCUUGAUACCUUUUCUCACGAUUAUUCUCCUUUACCUUCUGAUCUUUUAAAAGCUAUCAAGCCUAUAUACGAAGAUCUUAGUAAUGAAAAUUUACUUUCAAGAUGUGUAGGUGGAUUCAAUCAGAAUAAUAAUGAAAGCUUUAACCAACUAGUAUGGAAAAUAUGUCCAAAAACGGUAAAUACUAGUUUUACUAUCGUACAAAUAGCUGCAUACGUUGCUAUGUGUAUAUUUAAUGAGGGUAUAAAUUCAUUAUUAGUCUUGAUGAAUACACUAGGACUUAAUUGUGGGCCUAAUUCUCAUCGGUAUGCAGAAAGAAUGGAUGCUGCACGUAUCAAAGUAGCAGAUAAGCGCGCUAAUGAUAACACCCGAGAAGGUCGAUUGCAACGUAGGCACCAGCAAAUCGAUAUUUUGGAAGCUGCUAUGUCGGCUGAAGAGCUAUUAUAUGGUCCAGGAAUAGAUGACUCAGUAUGAAUCUCCAAGGACUUAUGAUGAUCACCGCAAAGGACUUCGGGAGGAACGGGCUCUACAAAAACAGCGAUAACUUUUUGAAUUAUUAAUUUUUUUUUUUGAAAUUUUCGUGAAGUCAAAUCGAAACGUGUUCUAAUAAAGCUAUGUUUUUAUUUUUGUCAAAUAAAGUAAUU